AACUUCUUUUGACAAGAAAGAAAACUGAAAGCCAGAUUGGGUCUGUACUAUUUACACGAUGUGCUCUUCAUUUAAAAAUUUGGAGGACGUUUCUCCUGGACCAUCACCAACACCCUCAAAGUCUUGGAUCUUUUCUUUCUCAAAAGAUCUACUUGUGUUUUGUGUUGUUGUCGCAGUUCUUGCAUUUGGGAUUCAGAUCAACCAUAGCGAUCAACAAAUACAAGACUUUGACGAGACAGUGCAAAAUCCUGGCGAUCCGCUCCGGAUACUUUUGGUUGGAAAAACAGGUGUGGGAAAGAGCGCAACAGGCAACACCAUCAUUGGACAAAAAGUUUUUAAGUCAGAGAUUUCAUCUUCCUCUGUGACUGCACAUUGUGAAAAGUUUCACACAGUAAUUAACGGCAGAAAAGUGUCCGUCAUUGACUCUCCGGGUCUGUUUGACACCAGCUUACCUGUGGAUGAAGUGGUCAACAGAAUUAAACUCUGCAUUCCUCUCUCAGCUCCAGGUCCACAUGUGUUUUUAGUUGUGAUUCAGCUUGGCAGAUUUACUGAUGAAGAAGAAGAAGCUGUGAGAAUCAUCCAAGCAGCCUUUGGUGAGGAAUCCUCCAUAUACACCAUGGCUCUGUUCACUCAUGGAGAUCGAUUAGAGGGGAAAAACAUUCACUCAUUUGUGCGGGACAGUCCAAAACUGCUCAGCUUCAUCAGAACCUGCAAAGGACGCUACCACGUGUUCAACAAUAAAGAGAAAAAAACAGAGCAGGUCAUUCAGCUGCUUGAGCAGAUUGAUAAAAUGGUGACUGGAAAUGGUGGUCAACACUACACCAGUGAGAUGCUGGAAAAGGUAGAGAAAGCGAUUGAGAAAGAGAAACGGCGUAUCCUGAAGGAGAUGGAGGAACAGAGACUGAAGGAGAUCGCAGCUCUGAGGGAACAACUUGAAGAUGAGGCCUAUGAAAAAGCACUGCAAACGCUAAACAGUAAAUAUGAGCAGGUGGCAAGAUACAAAGCAGAAAUUGACUUCCCAGCAAUACUCCAUGUGGUCACCACUUUGAUUAACGCAUUAAGCAAAUUCUUUUUUUGAGCAGCACAAAUGCUGACCUAAAUGUGGCUAUGAAAAAAAGAGGACGAUUUUUAAAAUCAUCUAUUUUAUAAAGGUUGACAAAUUAAGUACAAGCUUACUGUUCAUCCUGGUGAACUUGAAAUAUGAAAGUUUAAUAAUAUGGUGGGGAAAUGAAGGUCCAAACCUAAAGCUAUAUAAGCUCUAAUAAAUCAGUGCAGCAGUGGUGUUCUAUAUGCACUGUAUUUAAGAUUUUUUAUUUGUGUAUGAUAGAAAUACACCGUGGGAUCCUUUGGCAUAGACUUAAAAUGGGCUGAUAAGGGUGUUUAGCAAUGUCGGUACGUAUAGCCUGAACAGUAAAAUGUAUUAUAAAUAAAACAAUAGAAAUAUAGUUAAGCUAACAGUGAUGCAAAAAACUGUAGUUCUCUGUGGUAGAAAUCAACAUUGCUGACUCUAAACAGCAAGCAACCAGGUUCAUAAUUUUUCUUGGUUACAAACACAUUUUGAAGACGUGUUUGGAUGUGUUGUGAGAAUUUGUGUGUGUGCUUGUUGUCAAACGAAGAUGUUUUCUUAGUUUGUUAGUCUUUUUUCUAUUUGCAUCUGUUUGUCUCACUUGCAGCAUGUUUGAGCUUUUUCAGCCACCAUAGUUCUCGAAUCAGUGGUAAACUGGGCGAUUUAAUAAAUUAACAAAUCAAAGAA